AAGUAUCGGAAGGACAUUCAGCUGCAUGUCACAGUGUGUUCCAGUGAUGAACACAUUAACGUUCCUUCUCUUCCUUCAUGGAAUGCUGAAGGUUACCUGGGCAAUUCAGAAGACUCAGGAAAUCUUCAUAGCCGCUGAGGAGACUAAAUGGGAUUACAUAUACACAGACAGCACAGACCCAGCAUCCAACCAGAGGAGGUAUGCAUCUGGUGUCCAGAAAUAUAUCAAAGCAGUUUACAAGGAAUACACAGAUUCCACUUUUACAGCAGAAAAGCCAAAAUCACCAUGGGCUGGUAUCCAGGGUCCAACUAUCAGAGCGACAAUAAAUGACAGAGUGAUCGUUCAUUUCAAAAACUUCGCUUCUCAACCCUUCAGCAUCUCACCUGUUGGUAUUCCCUACUGGAAGCAGUCUGAGGGUGCAGGUUAUGAUGACUCCACAUCCAGUAAAGAGAAAGAGGAUGAUGCGGUACCUCCUGGUGGAUAUUAUAAAUAUGUUUGGGACAUUCACCCCAGCAGUGUGCCAACCAUCAGCGACCCAGAAUGCCUCACAUACUCAUACUCCUCUCAAGUGGAUGUCGUCAGAGACAUUAACUCUGGCCUCAUCGGUGCACUCUUGAUCUGCAAACCAGAGGCUCUGACAGAGGACAGAAAACGGAGAGUUCCAGAAUUUGUGCUGUUCUUUGCUGUGUUUGAUGAGGCUAAGAGCUGGUAUAAGGAGGUGGGGAUCCCUGGAGACAAAUUCAGAAAAGCUGUUCCCACACCUCAGCAGUACCACACUAUCAAUGGAUACAUCAACUCAACUCUUCCAGGUCUAAAAAUGUGUCAGAACACUUGGGAGGUUUCUUGGCAUCUGAUUGGUCUAGGCUCCACUCCAGAUAUUCACUCAAUCCAGUUCCAGGACCACACAUUAAAGGUCAUGGACCACCGGAAGAUUACUGUGGAGAUUACCCCCAUGACGUUCACCACUGCUCAAAUGAAACCAUUUUCUGCUGGGAAUUUUCUGAUCUCUUGUAGGAUCCACUCUCACCAGCAAGCUGGUAUGAGUGCCUUCUUCACAGUGGAGUAUUGUCCAGAGUCAGUGGAUAAGAAAGACAGGCGAAGACCUGACCCCUCCGUGGUAGAGGAUGAGUAUGAUGACAUCACAUUGAAUGAUCUAGUGUCCAUCGUGCUACAGCCUCGUGGACCACCAUCCGUGCUGCGCUCUGGUGUAAAAGGAACACCAAAAGUUUGGGUUCACUACAUUGCUGCUGAGGAGAUCACCUGGGAUUACGCUCCAAAGACAAAUGACUGGAGCCCCCAGUACCUAGGAAAACAAUAUAAGAAAGUUGCAUUUGUGGAGUACACUGACAAGACCUUCACAGUCAAAAAGACAACAGCCAAUAGACUGAUAGGUCCAGUGCUAAGAGGGGAGGUUCAGGAUCAAUUUCAGAUCUUUUUCAAAAACCUUGCCAGUCGUCCAUUCAACAUUUAUCCAAAUGGUCUGACCAGUGUACGCACACUUAAGAAAGGAACCAAAGACAAAGAAGGUAAAACAGUUGAUCUAAGCACCCUGGCUGUGCCACCGGGUGAGACCAUGGAAUACCUCUGGAAGCUGACACCUGAUGAUGGCCCGACUGACUCCGACCCACGAUGCCUCACUUGGCUGUACCAGAGCACAGUGAAUCCAGAGCGGGAUGUGGCGUCAGGGCUAGUGGGACCACUCAUCAUCUGCAAGGCUGAAUCACUGGACAAGACAGGCAGAGUGGUAAUAUCGGAUAAAGAGAAGCACCUGAUAUUUGCCACAUUUGAUGAAAACAAAAGUUGGUACAUUGAUGAGAACAUUCAGAAAUACAGCAAAGAUCCAUCCAAGGUUGAUCUUAAUGACCCUGCUUUCUACAACUCUAAUAUCAUGUACAGUGUUAAUGGCUUCAUGCGCAACAAUUUGGAAUUCCAGAUGUGUGCUGGUGAUGUCACAUUCUGGCACGUGGCCAAUAUUGGCAUGCAGAAUGACUUCCUAUCUGUCUACUUCACAGGCAACACUUUUGAGAAGGACAAAGUGUAUAAUACAGUUCUCACACUCUUCCCCAUGACUGGGGAAACUGUCUCCAUGGAGAUGGAGAUAGCAGGAGAGUGGGAGAUCAGUGCUUUUGACCCCAACCUUAAAAAACGAGGGAUGAGCGUUCGUUACUUUGUCAAAAAAUGUGAUGAACUUCCCCUGAAGGACGAGGAAUAUGAUGAUGAGUAUUUUGAGGACCUCUUUAGCAUCCCACCAAACUUUCUAAUACCCAGAGGUACUAAAGGUCAGAACAAGACCAUUGUUAUCCAGGUCUGCAGAGAGCGGCCAAGGAACAUAACUGCAGCUGACACACAUUUAGGACAAAACAAUACAAACUACACCACUAAUGGAGAAAGAAGCAGUAAACUGAAGGACUGUGAGACAAAGUUCAUCUCAGUGAGCACAGAUGAGGAUAAGCGAGUACUCUCACAAGGCGGGAUUCCACAGGAUAUUCUAGAUGAACUUGAUCGGGAAAUGGACAGAAUCAAUCCAAAACGACAGAUACGAUCCAUAUCUGUGGAGAGCAUUCCAGAGGUUGGAACUUAUAAUUAUGACUCUCUCUCCAGCCAAACAGAACCAGAGAUAAGCAGUGAAAUGGAAUUUCCAUCUGGUUCUGAUGUGUCAACCACACCAAAUCAAUUGGGACAAGGUGAGACAAGGCAGAAGCAGAAAUUGGCUGAAGACAGUGAAAUGAUUACCAUGAUGAUGCGCAGAAAGAGAAUUAUGAAAGACCAGGAGCUAGAUUUAGAUGAGGAUAAAUCAAAGAAACCAAAGGAGAGAACAUCAAAUGAUCCUUUUAAAAAAUUUCUUCAGAGGAUGAGUACCAAUGCAUCACUUGAACCCAUUCAACAUUUGAAUCACCCUAGGGAUGAGUUAGAAACCAGCAGAGAAGACAGUCCCGACUGGCAAGACCGGAAUAGGCGAGAGGCACUGGGCAUCAGCAAGGAUGACCAAGAUCACACAAAAGCAAUGAAUCCUCUGGCUGAGAAUGAGGUUCUGAAAGAUUCGGCUCUGGAUUUGGAUGGGAUGGAGCACGAUAUGGAUCUCCUUGCCCAUGCUAACAAAGAUUUGAUCAAGCUCAGUGAAGACGCAGAGACUUUGAAUUUGUCAUCAAACAUGACCAAUAAAAAAAGUGUCACCAGGAUAGCUCUGAACCUGGAGUAUGAUGACUACAGUGAUGAGAACGACACAUCAACAGGCUUUUUAUACGAGGAUACUUUUGACAUGAGGGCCUCUGAACCCAAGUUUCGAAGCUAUUACAUUGCUGCUGAGGAAAUUUUGUGGGAUUAUGGGAUCACAAAGCCACCUCAAUUCAUUAAACUUAGAGAGAUGAAAAGGGGGAUGAGGAAGUACUUCCCAGCCUAUAAGAAAGUUGUGUACCGAGCCUAUCAGGACAAAGACUUCCAGCAACCAGUCAAACGUGGGGAGCUAGAUGAGCAUCUGGGAAUUAUGGGUCCUGUGCUGAAAGCAGAGGUUAACGACAUUCUCACUGUUGUGUUUAAGAACAUGGCCUCCAGGCCAUACUCGCUACAUUUGCAUGGAGUGUACGAUAAGACCCAAGGGCAAUCUGGCAACCUGGGAGACAGUUUUAAAGUAGGAGAGGCUCCUGGUCAACCCGUUCCACCGGGGCAUAAACGUGUGUACACCUGGACCAUCUCCAAACGACAAGGACCCUCCUCUAAAGAAUUUGACUGCAAGGCUGGUGCCUAUUACUCUGACCUCAACAUGGAAAAAGACAUAAACUCCGGCCUAAUUGGUCCCUUGCUGAUCUGUCGGCCAGGAACCCUGCACCGACGCCAUCUGAUACAGCCAAAUGUACAGGAUCUCUUUCUCCUUUUCACUGUCUUUGAUGAAAGAAAGAGCUGGUACAUGGAAGACAACAUCAGGACCUUCUGUUCUCCUCCAUGCCAAGCUAAAGUAGAUGAUCCUUGGUUUGAAAUCAGUAACAAGUUUGCAGCAAUAAACGGUUACGUGGCUGAGACUCUUCCUGGCCUGAUUGUGGCUCAGUAUGAGAGGGCUCGUUGGCACCUGCUGAACGUAGGGGCUGGAGGGGAAUUCCACUCUGUACACUUCCAUGGAUUGCCCAUUAGCACUGGAAAAGAUGAGGAGCAUCAUUUAGGAGUUUUCAACCUCUUUCCAGGUGUGUUUGGUACAGUUGAAAUGAGGCCCACCAUAGCAGGUACCUGGAUGGUGGAGUGUACCAUAGGAGAAAAUCAGCUAUCAGGGAUGAGGGCCAAAGUCCUUGUCUACAACCCAAGGUGUAAUCAGCCCCUUGGAUUGCAGUCUGGGAGGAUAGCUGAUGACCAGAUAACAGCUUCAGAUCAUUAUGAUGACUGGGAGCCCAGAUUAGCCCGACUGGAGCUAUCUGGCUCUGUGAAUGCGUGGAUUGGCAAGUCCAAGCAGUCCUGGAUCCAGGUGGAUCUGCUCAGGCCCAUGCUGGUCCAUGGGGUUCACACCCAGGGAGCGAAAACAUCUCUGGGCCUGUCUGAGAGCUUCACUGUCCUGUAUACCCUCUCCUACAGUCUGGACAAUGAGAAAUGGAAAACAUACAGAGGCAACAACACCAAGCCCAACUAUAUUUUUAGCGGAAAUAUGGAUGGGUCCAGGAUAAAGCAGAACUACUUGUCUCCUCCGGUGGUUGGCCGGUACAUCCGCAUUACCCCUGUCACUUUCAGUAAACAGCCUGCUCUGAGACUAGAGCUGCUUGGCUGUGAUAUAAACAGCUGUGGGAUGCCUCUGGGGAUGGAGAGGAGGCUGAUUCCUAAUAAGCGUAUAAGUGCCUCCUCAUUCUUGAAGACGUGGCUUCUGUCCUGGAGCCCUGAUCUUGCACGCCUUAACCAGGAGGGCCGUGCCAAUGCCUGGAGACCCAAGACUAAUAAUCCUCACGAGUGGAUCCAGGUGGACUUCCUGUCAAUAAAGCGUGUGACGGGUGUGUUAACUCAGGGAGCCAGAGCGAUGCUUACACACAUGAUGGUCACUGAGUUCACCGUCUCUGUCAGUGACAACGGGCACACCUGGAGUAGCGUAACUGAGGAGGGAAAGCAAACAGAAAAGAUGUUUGAAGGAAACAGUGAGUAUGACAGGGAGAAGCUGAACAGGUUCGACCCUCCAUUAUUCGCACGGUUCAUUCGGAUUCACCCGAAAGGCUGGAUGAACGACAUCGCACUCAGAGUUGAGUUUCUGGGCUGUGACACCCAACAGAGACUCUGAGAGAAAGAGAGAGAGACAGAGAGAGAGCAAAAACAAUAUACACCACAAUGUCUCAUUUGUAAAACAUAAUCACAAGCACUACAUAAACACUCAUAUACGCUACAUAAACCUCAUUAACACUGCUGACGAUGAUGAAGAGUGUAUUAAUUUAUAUCUUAUGGUGAUUAAUGUGCGGGACAUGUGGCCUGUUUGUGGUUGCGUAUACUUAUUUCUGGGCUUCCUAUGAAGCGGUUACAAAGGGCUUGUCGAGCCCAUUUAAGAAGUUUUAAGGGACCCUGUGGGGUUUUAUACAAGACUGAUCUAGCUGCUCUAUCACAUCUAGCAUUCUAUAUGUAUUAUUUUGUAUUAUUACUAUUACGGCAUUAUUUGACAGAGAGUAAAUAUUGUCAGGUUUUCAAGUCUUUCAAUUCUAUUUAUACCCUUGUGCUCAAUUAGUGUAAUAAGAAGUUUGAUUUCAACACUGGUAACCUGUGUAAAUACUAAAUAUUAAUUCUAAUAUUUCUGGGUGUGAUAUUCUGUAAUAACUGAUAAAUGUACACUGUGAAAGAGAAUUUAUUUUAUUUUAUAUUAAAAAAAAAAUAAACUUUAACUAUGAAACAGA